AUUUAAACCCCUUUUGUGUCGUCUCAUCAUUGGGUCAACAGUUUUGAUCACUUUUGAUCUGCGACACCACUAUUCACAUCAGCAUUGAUCUCGGACUCUGUCGCAUACAUAUACACAACGGGGAUACAGCCUUACACACAAACACGAACACGGACACACGCACACACGCACACGCACACGCACACCCUCCAAAACAAACUAACCUUUAUAAACUGGAGACUUUUUUGCUGUUGAAAAAAUAUAACCCUCUUAAAAAUUACUCCAUCUCGAAGUUAUAGACUAUCACAGAGACGACGAGAAAACAUGGUCUCCUGCUCUCAGAGAUAUGCUGCAGGUCAACACAGGCUAGCGGAUCGUAUGCGGCUAUCUUCAGCACCGCUGGUUCGUGCCUGCCUCGCUGAAUUUCUUGGUACAAUUAUCCUGAUCAUCUUUGGUUGUGGUGUUAUGGCACAGGUGUUUCUUGGCGAUAACGGGAAACAAGCGCAUGGGACAUUUAUCUCUGUCAGUAUGGGUUGGGGAUUUGCUGUCUAUAUGGGAGUGUUUUUCUCUGGAAAAUGUGGUUCAGGGCAUAUAAAUCCAGCGAUUACACUGGCGUUUAGCUUGAUUGGAAAAGUACCCUUUCGACGGGUUCUUUUGUAUACUAUCUGUCAAAUACUCGGAGCUUUUGUUGGUGCAAUCGUGAUAUUCCUUGUCUAUCGGGAGAAAAUUCUCCUCUAUGCGCAUAUGAAUGAUGGUGGGAAAUUGUUGUUGAAUUCAACUGGGGGAAUAUUUGUCACAAAUCCUGGUGCAUCACACUUGACGUGUUUUCUUGAUCAAGUACUUGGUACAGCGCUGUUGGCAGCUGGUGCAUUGGCUAUUUCUGAUCCGAAUGGAUGGAAACUACCCGACUAUUUACAUCCUCUGCAUAUCGCCUUUAUGGUUUAUGCUUUAGUCGGUGCUUUUGCAUUGAAUGCUGGAUGUGCUUUGAAUCCUGCAAGAGAUUUAGGUCCUAGACUUAUGCUGUUAGCUUUCGGUUGGGGAAGCACGGCAUUUACUGGAGCAAAUGCCUAUUUCUGGGUACCUAUUGCUGGUCCAUAUAUCGGUGCAGCGAUUGGUGCAGUCCUCUAUGAAUUGACAAUUGGUAUUCACCUGGAUCGUAACGCUGAUUUUGUUGUUCAUACUGACUAUGAUGAUACAAGAUCGGAUGGUACAAAAUUAAUGGCUCGUUCAUCUUGAUAAGAUAAAAGAAAAGAACGGGGACAAAUCAUGAACAUA